AUGGAAUCACCGAUCUCCGGCCUAUUAGCUGAUACGAAAAUGAAACAUUUUGCAGCCCAGGUAUUUGAAGAAUACCGUCGUCGUCUCUGGAUCCGGUAUGUGGACGAUACCUAUGUGGUGCUACCAGCAGCAAAAAUUGAACAAUCUCAUGAUGACCCAAACAAGGUUAUAUCACGAAUGGCAUUUACUCACGAAGAGGAAAACUAG